UUUUGUACCUUGGUGAUAUUAGUCGAUCAAUAUGGAAUCUCAGAGCAGCGGCUUAUCUGGACUUGAGGUAAAGGCAGGACCGUCCAACAGGGAGAGCAAUACCUUGGACGAUGCCGUAGGGAAGCUUCUUCAAGGAUACGACUGGACUUUACUUCCGGUUACUUCUAGAGCCGGUGGACGUAGGAGUGCUCACGUUAAAAGGCCCAUGAAUGCCUUUAUGGUUUGGGCCCAGGCAGCAAGAAGGCGACUGGCCGAUCAGUAUCCUCAGUUGCAUAAUGCCGAACUGUCAAAGACACUUGGCAAAUUGUGGAGGAUCUUGAGCGAUGGCGAAAAGCAGCCAUUUAUCGAAGAAGCUGAGAGAUUGCGCAAUGCCCAUAAGAAGCAACAUCCACAUUACAAGUAUCAGCCACGUCGAAGAAAGCCAAAAUCAGAAGAUCAGAUGAAUAUUCUGGCUCAACGUAGUACAACGCAGGUCGGACAUGUUGACACGACAGGAUCCACUGAGUGUACCUAUGGUAGAAUCUAUCCAGAAAUGAGCAAGCCUUACGAGCGUCCCGUCGGCUCUUAUCCGGAUACAUCCAAGAAUACGUCAUUCGAAUUAUCCAAGUCGUACGCGGAUGCCAUAAAGUAUCCAGUGGAUCACCAUAAGAGUUACGCAAGCGAAAAACCUUACGAGUCUUUACCGAAAUACGAGUUGCCCGGCAAAGCGUACGCCGAACCGAAGUGUCUCGAGAGUUUACCGAAGUAUCCCGAACUCCAGCCGAGAACUUACGAAUUACCCAAGUACCCCGAGAACCUCAAAUAUUCAGACAUGGCGGCCACGACAAAGUCGUACACGUGUGUACAUGGACAAUAUUAUCCGGCAUCGGAAAGUUAUGUCUCACAUGAAGAGAACGAUUAUCAAUCUCAGGGUGUUCCAACGCAUACGUUCUACCCAUAUAUUUCCGCUUCCAUGACACAACCUCCUUACUAUAUGGGUCCUCGAUAAACACGGUAAAUACUUGCUAUCAAUUUUCUAAUCCUUUCGUCCCUCUUCUAUUUAUCCCACUCAUCUCGCCUUUUAGCCUUCGCUAUUUAAUUUCCAUCCUUAAGAGGACAUUUCUUAUUUGAUAUCUUCAUUUGUGGUGUGUGCGGUCCUAUAUUGUACUUAAUUCAUUGUAU